CGCGCCUCAGUGUCUCGUGUAACGCGCUCCCGCGCGCCUCGCGUCCUCCUGAACCGCAGCCGCCGCGGCGCUGUUUACCCGCUGACUCUACACCUGAUAUCGCGCGCGCGUGCAGUGUACGCGGAUCCGUGCGACACGUGCGUGAAAUUUCACCGCCGGUAACGAGACGUUGCAAAAGUACAGCCGCGCUGUAAGGCAAGAUUGCCGUGUGCGAGCAGCGCAGGGAUAGAAUGUAGGUCGAGAGCUUGCGGCGGGCGAUACGCGCAUACACACACACCAGUGCGUCGGGUGUGAUAUCGCUGCACUUCCCUGCAGGCGGACUUGUUACAAAGAUGCGGAAGAGAUUCGCCGACGAUCGGCGCUCGGCUGCUGCCGCCGCUGCGAGAUAACGUCGCAACAGCACCGGCAUGAAGAGGCGCAACAACUACUACCAGCAGCAGCCGGCUGGAGGCGGCUGCUGCUGCGGACACCGCAAGUCCAGCUCGAGGGCGAGCUCGAGCUCGAGCCGCGGCAGCAGCAGCUCCGACGUCUCCUGCGCCGGCGAGCCGCCCAACUGGUGCAUCUAUGCUGCUGUCGGUCUCGUCGCUCUCGGAGCCUAUCUCAACGCCCUCGGGGGCGACUUCGUCCACGACGACAUACCGGCUAUCGUGAGGAACAAGGACGUGCUGGCGCAGAGCUCGCUGCUCAGCCUCCUCAAGGACGACUUCUGGGGCACGCCGAUGCACGACCCGGCGAGCCACAAGAGCUACAGGCCCCUCACCACCCUCACCUUUCGAUUGAAUUACCUGGUGGCUGGGCUGACGCCGUCCUGGUACCACGCGACGAACGUCGCUCUGCACGCAGCUGCCUGUAUGCUCGUUACCCGAGUGAGCCUGGCUGUGGCUUCGCUGCGCCCUGGAUUCGCUGCCUUGACCGGUCUUCUUUUUGCUGCCCAUCCGAUUCACACUGACGCCGUGACCGGAAUCGUCGGGAGAGCUGACGUACUCGCCUGUAUUUUCUUCCUCCUCUCAUUUCUCGCUUAUCAUGGACAGCCAACGGCUUACGUCUGGAGCAGCGUCGGUUUCGGUGCCCUGUCGAUGCUGGCGAAGGAAACCGGCGUCACGGUUUUAUUGCUGAACCUUCUCUACGACCUCUGUCGCACUGGACACUCGAUUAAGAGAUCCGUUUUCGAGGCCAAGUGGAACGACGAGUCUCGGCUGUUCACCCGUCGAGCUGCUGUGCUGCUGGUCUCGUUGGGCGUUCUGCUGGUGGUACGACUGGCCCUGUUGCACGGAGCGCUGCCCAAGUUCUCGCCGCAGGAUAAUCCGGCCGCCUUCCACCCCUGCUUCCACGUGAGACUGCUGACGUUCUGCUACCUGGCGACGUUGAACUGCUGGCUGGUGCUGUGCCCGGCGACGCUCUCGCACGACUGGCAGAUGGGUUCCGUUCCUCUGAUCGCCUCCCUCGCGGACACCAGAAACUUGGCGACGUGUCUUUUCUUCGGUGGCUGUCUCGUACUCACGUACCGGGCCUUCGCGGACUUCGAGCAACAAAGGCAUCCGCCCCUUGUCCUCGGUUGGAUGUUCCUAGUACUGCCCUUUCUGCCAGCUUCCAAUCUCUUCAUCACCGUGGGAUUCGUCGUCGCCGAGCGGGUCCUCUACAUUCCCAGCAUCGGCUGGAUACUGCUGGUGGCCUACGGAGCCCAGCUCGUCUGGACGGCGAUUCCGCGGCGGAGGGGCAUCAUCACGAGUGGAUUGGUGCUGCUCUUGGUCCUGGGCUACUGCCGCACGAUCAUGAGGAAUCGCGACUGGACCUCGAGGGAAACGCUGCUCAGGGCGGGUCUCCGAGCCUUGCCGGACAACGCGAAGAUGCACUACAACUUCGCCAACUUCCUCCGAGACACAUCGCAGCCGAACCGGGCGAUUCUCCACUAUCAAUUGGCCCUGUGGUUGUGGCCGACGUACGCGAGCGCGCACAACAAUUUGGGCACGCUAACAGCGGGGGAUCAGGCGGAGAAACACUUUCUGGCUGCGAUUCAGGCGCAACCAGGUCACGUAAACGCCCACUACAACCUCGGACAAUUGUACAGAAAAACCAACAGGACGGAGGAGUGCAUACGGAUGCUGCAGAAGUGCGUCUCCCUGGAUCCAGCCUACACGCCGGCUUACCUCGUGCUCGCCAGGAUGACCAGUGGCCCGACGACGGGGGCUUUGCUGAGGCACGUCGUGCGCCUGCAACCUAAGAGUCCUGAUCACCUCGCCGAGUACGCCUCGUGGCUGCAUCAAAAUGGCAAAUGGCUUCCAGCGUUGAAGUAUUACCUGAGGGGACUGUCGCUCUCUCCGGUGCACAGGUCCUCGCUCCUCGGUACCGCGAGGAUUCUCAGGUCUCGAGGACAGUGGCCUCGAGUUCACCAGCUAAUAACGAGGUGGCACAUAAUGCUGCGAGCCCGUCGGGGCGGCCUCAUCUACCGGGGCGACCUGUACAUCCAGGCUUGGCAGUUGCAGCACCAGUCGCGUCAAAGAACUUAUCAGCGGCAGCAGCGGAACCUUUGUUUGUUGGAGACGGAGUGCGGCUCGCGUCCACGGGUGGCUUCGGUCUCGGUUCAGCUGGAGCAGGACAGCAACAAAUCCGAGCAGCUGGAGCGCGGCUCGCCGACCCGUUGCAGCAUGCGGGGCUGUCCCAGCAGUGCAGCCCGACAGGCCCGCAAGUCUUCGGAAGCUGCCGGCAAGGCUCGGGUCAGCGCGCCGACCCUCCUCGUGCAGAACCUCCUCGAGACCCUCUAACUCGAGCCCCGGAAUUGCGCCCGGCUUUUCCGCUGCAGGUGCUGCAGCCUCUAGCUGCAUCUUCUUCCCUACGAGACAGAGCGCGAAAAGUAACGAAUGACAAAUGAAGCGUUGGGUGAGUGUGUGUGUUUGUGUGUGUGCGGGUAUAUUUUUUCUCGAACGUAUUGUACGCACUGUAUCGCGAGGCUAUACGAUCGAUUUUGUUGAUGGAGAGAGACGUGCAGGGAGUUUAUUUUUCACACGAGACAUUCGUAUAUUCGUGUGCUGAUGUAUCAACUGAUACACAAUAAAUUCAAAAAGAUGUACGCGAGAGAGGAUCGUGUGUGAUUCGAGCCGGCGCAUCUGGCAGCGCGGUGCAAUGAUGUUGAGGCGUUAUAUUAUAGCGGAUUAGGUAUAAAGCAGAAGAGAGGAAAAAAUUAAUCACACGACGAACGCAAAGGUGCCAAUUUCACAUUUGUAGGGGGUAUGCAAUGAUGAUCAGGCGCAUCGCUCUUGUAUACACGUACUUAUAUAUACCUAUACAUAUAGAGGACAACAUUUUCUCAACGAGCUUCAACCAACGUCGUUUUGCGUUUCACCUGAGAUACUGCGUGUACACCUAUAUGUAUCAUUUCGAUAUUUUUUUUCUUUCUCAUGCGUCGGAAGCUGUCCAACGUGAAUAUAUAGAAAUACGCGUGUAGUGCUGCACACGACAGUAUCUUUUGUAUGAUAUCAAAAGUUUAUGCGACGAUCGUGCGACGCGAUGAAUAAUAAUUAUAGACGUGUAUUUUUUAUCGAGCCUUCGUUUUUCGAAUCUCAAAAUAUAAUAUACAUAUAUGUAUGUUUAUUGAUGGGCGUGUAUAAGCGCAUGUAACGACAAAGGGAUAGGGUCGCGGGAAGGAAAAAGAAAAACGUCGUUGGAAUCCGAUGGAAGACCAAACAAAUAAAAAAAAAACAAUUGUAAAUAAGUGUAAACAAUUUACAUCGAAUUACGCGCAAUGCUUAAUUACAUAACAUUAUUCUUCUUUAAUUAUGAUCUAUACAUAUAUGAAUAUAUUGUCGGAAGCGAUUGUAUGGAGAGCUCCGUCGGCGAGUUUUUUUCGGAAAAGCUCCGACUUAUUACGUUGCGAGAGAGGAAGAGAGAAUUGUCUCUCGAUGGUAUACCAAAAGUAUACACAGCUGAUGUGUAAGAGAGUGACGAGUCGGAACGAAUGUGUGCGCGCUCAUCGAGAUAUGAUUGUCGGACUCUGCGGUGCGCUCGAACUAUUUGAAUAAGAAAGACGAUAAGUUAAAAUAAAUAUUUUGAGAAUUGUGUAAAACUCACCGAAA